AUGGGUUCUGUCGAAUCGUCCAAGCAGGCACAUCUUAAAUCGGUCUCGCUGGCAGCGCUUCUUGCUGGCGACGUCGACGUUGCAAACGACCUCGUGUCCGCCUGUAAAGAAAAUGGAUUCUUUUAUCUUGAUUUCCGCCACGAGUCCACAUGCGACAUCUUGAAACAUGUCGAUGAUCUCGCUGUUAUUGGGAAAUCAGUAUUCCGGCUACCACUGGAAGAAAAAGAGAAAUACAGCACCGAGAAAUAUCUGCCAUCAAGGCUUUUCGGUUACAAACGAGUCGGCUGCUCCGUCGGGCCGUUCGCCGGCAAGAAGGACGGUUAUGAGAGUUUCUCGAUUCACAACAAUGCCAUCUUUGGAGAGGAUACCAUGAACGCUCCUCAAGCUAUCGACGAAAACUUGCCACUGUUUGAGACAUUCAUGAGCCAAGUUCAUGAGUAUACUGAUUGCAUCCUGUCAACCCUGUCAAAAGCCUUGGGGCUUCCGCAUGACUUGAAGGACUGUCACCGGAAGGACAAGCCAUCGUCUGCAAACAUGGCUAUGCUGAAGUACCUCGCCUGGGGCAGCAGCGACGACCAAGUUGGGAACAUGGCACAUACCGAUAUGGGAACUCUGACAGUGGUUUUCUCCCAGUCCGAUGGCCUGCAGGCCAUGCUGCCCGGAGACAAGGAAUGGUCUUUCAUUCCGCCCAGACCUGGACACGCCGUUGUUAACGUCGGAGAUUCGUUACGUUUCCUGUCGGACGGUGUGUUGGCUUCAUCUCUGCACCGCGUGGUGCCUCCACCCGAGUCGAGUGGCCAGGACAAGUUCUCCGUCAUUUACUUCCUACGGCCAGAGUUUGAUGCCAAAUUUACAACCCAUGACGGAAAGCAGAUGAAUAGUGUGGAGUGGCAUAAUCAAAAGUACGCUCUGUUCAGAGAAGCGAGUCUUGACGCCAAGCAGCACGGUGCCAUGCUCACUGGGCGCAAGGAGUAUCUCGGCUCCACCAACUAG